AGGCACCGUGCCACCUUGCACCGAGUGAGCCCGCCUCGGCAUUACGCCUGUUUUCCGGAGGUGGAGGAGGCAGGUUGGCCAGCUUGCCACCGACAGCGACAGAACUGCAACAUUCGCACAGCGCCGAGCUCUGAGCCGCCCCCCCAUAGAAGGACGAAGGAAAUAGUUGGGGAACGCAGGAAUUAUGAAGGUUCAAGCUCGGUGAUCAUGUCUAAAGCUACGGUGAAGAAGCUGCACUGGCGCUCCAAGGUGCAGGAGAGCUUCGUUCCAUUGGGUGAGGCCUCCGGAGAGCUGGGUGUGGCAAUAGGUGGUGGAGCUGACUACGGCGAGUUCCCAUUUGUCACCGCAGCUCCAGGGGGUGGACCCACAGUGGGAGACAUCAUCCUUGAGAUUGGAGGAACACCGGUGCUAGGCUUAACCCUGGGCGAUGUGAGGGGCGUCCUUAAUACUUGUCCCCAACCAAUUCGGAUCAAGACCGUCUUCCCAGGCUCCACACUCUGUAAGGACCUGAGGCUCUACCUGAGUAAGUGCUUCACACCAGGCUCAGUGGACAGCCAGCUUCAGCAGGUGAUCCGGGAGAACCUGUACCUGCGCGCUGUGCCUUGUACCACCAGGCCACCACGGGAUGGGGAGAUCUCAGGGGUGGACUACAACUUUGUCUCCAUUGAGGAGUUCUUCUCCCUGGAAGAGUCUGGGGCUCUGCUGGAGAGCGGCAAAUUCAAGGGAAACUACUAUGGCACCCCCCGACCGGUGCACAUCGGACCUGAAAGUUCCCCCAUCACGUAUCAGGAACACCGCAACCUACUGAGGAACUUCCGCACCCGCAGCAAGUCACUGAGCAACCUGGAGAAGGCAGCAGAGGAGGGGGAGAACAGUGAGGAGGACUCUGGCCUCUCAGGGGCUUCGGUUGGUGCUAGCAGUGCCGCUCCCCGUCUCUCCUCUCCCAGCCAGUCGCGGGACUCCAGUGGGGGCGACGGUAGCGCAUUAGAGAAUGGAGGGGGCACCAGUGGAGGAGCUGGCAGGCUGCCUGAGAACUGGGAGAUGGCCUACAGUGAUUCAGGAGAGCCCUAUUACAUUGAUCACAAGUUAAAGACCACAAGCUGGUUGGACCCACGAGCUCAAAGCAGAGAGAUUGUCAGCAAGACAGAAUUGCCUCCUUUCACGGAUCAGCCGGGCCAGCUCAGGGGGUAUUCCAUCCAUACGCGUCUGUCCAAGGGUCCACGCGGCUUUGGCUUCAACAUUGUUGGGGGGAGCCGCCCCAGGGAGUUCCUGCAGGUGUACAGCGUGACACCAGGGGGCCCUCCUGCGCUCAACACAGCGGACAUCCUGGUCUAUAUCAAUGACACCUGUGUCCUGGGAAUGUCCCACAAGGAGGUGGUGGAGAUGCUCAAGUCAGUCCCAGUGGGUGGCAGUGUGGAUGUCGUCCUGCGGAGGGGUUAUCCCAUGCUCUACAACCCAGACGGCUGCCCCAAACAGCCCCAGGCAGACACCUGCGAAUCGACCACCCCAACCACUGCUCAGCCACAGCAGUCGCUGCACCUCAGCCUCAAUAGGAACAGGCAGCAUGUGGACGGAAGCUAUCCCAGCAUGCAGCGGGGCUUAAGUCUUGAUGCCAAUGGGAAUGCAGCCUCUUUUAACCCUGUAGCCCCACCCUCGUACUCGCACUCUAACGGACACCUCCCAGCCCCCUCCUCUUCCACCCGGCCGCCCACUUCUCACACGGGUGGCCCCCCUGCAGCACCUCCAGAACGGACCUCGGGCAGCAGCAGUGAGGUGACAGCAGCUGUGAGCACACACAGGACGUCCAUGACUCGGAACCACAACAACAACUCUCUCCCAGGACUACCCUCCUUGCACCUCCACACCCCUAGGUCCUCGGAGAGUGACCUUUCCACAGACGCUCUGCCCAUCUCUAGACUCCCGCUACCACAGCUUGAAAUGACAUCCUCCGCUAGCCCAGGGGGACCAACCCAACGACCCCCUUUGCUGCAGACCUCCCUCCGAAUACCUCCUUCUUCGGAAGUUCCACCCUGUGGCUUUAACGGUUGCCCCGUGAGCAGCCCCAGCGCACUGCCUUCGCCAGGGGCCACAGGUGGUGGCGGGGAGCUGGUACCCGUGGCUGUGGGAAGGAGCGAGGGCGGAGGCAUGGGCUUCAGUGUGACGGCAGGGGGCCAGGGUGGCAGGCUGGCUGUGGUGAAGAGAGUGUGGGAUCGCCGUCAGUGCCCUUCCCUGCAGGCUGGAGAUGCCAUUGUCAAGAUCAAUGGUGCUGAUGUACAGAGUCUUAGCUUCGCUCAGGUACAGAGAGUCCUCCAGGAACACACUAAACAAGGUGAUGUAAUUCUGCUGGUUUACAGAGGAGGUUCACUGCAUUCCCCCAUUUCCCCUAACUCUACCAAAAGAGUUGCUUCUGCCCUGUGUCCCCCUCCAGUCUCUACCACAGCUGACACCCCCUCCACUCCUUCAGAUGCCCAUACUGUGCCCCAAACAACCCUCACACCCCCUUCCCCCUCAAUGGAUGUACCCUCUUUGGUCCAUAGUACUAGUUUCCUUGACUCCGUGCCUGUAACUGUCACUCUGGAGCCCAAGGACUGGCUAAGUAUGGAGGAGGGAGGCACACCAGCCCCCAGGGGGGUGGUGGGCAGCCCAGAGGAGGGAUGGAGUGCUGUCCUGUCAAAGACCUUGGAGGUAGAGCUGAGGAGGAAUCCUGGGGAGGGCUUUGGAUUCGUCCUUGCCUCCCAUGAUGUACACCUCAAUGGCAAAACCUCGUCCCUGCUGCCUCAUCGCUUUGUGACCGUGCGGAAGGGUAGCCCUGCCGCACGCAGUGGUCAGAUUCAUCCCGGUGACCGUCUAGAGGGGGUGGAGGGACGCUCUGUGGUUUCCUUGCCCCAUCGCGAACUUGCACAAAUCUUGCGCCGCGCCGGCAAUACACUGCGCCUCACCAUUGUCCCGCGCAACCAUACCAAUUCAUCCUCAGAGUCCACAGAUUUCAACCCUGAUUACAGAGCAAAGAAAGGCCACAGAUCACAAUCCAAGGACUCCAGAUACUACAGUGUGGAUCUGGAACGAGGACCCACUGGCUUUGGGUUCAGCCUGCGGGGUGGAAGUGAGUACAACAUGGGCCUCUAUGUGCUGGGGCUGAUGGAGGGGGGGCCUGCCUCCCGCAGCAACAAGAUACAGGUCAGCGACCAGUUGGUGGAGAUCAAUGGCGAAAGCACGGCGGGCAUGACCCACAGCCAGGCGGUGGAGCAGAUCCGGAGGGGAGGACAACGGAUCCACCUGGUGCUCAAGAAGGGGAAUGGAUAUGUACCUGACUAUGGCCAUAAGCCCAGAGCAGCCUCCCCGACCUCCUCGCUGUACGGAGAGGAGCCGGGUGUGGCUGCAGUAGAGGAUCCCCACACCCUCCCCAGGAAAGGUCCAAGGUCGAAGUCUGAAAAGAAGGGGAAGCGUAAAAAAGGAGGGAGUCUAGGGAGAGCAGGAGGAGAUGAAGGAGAAAGGAGGACGCUCGAUGCUGAUCUGGAGCGCGGAGAGGGACGUGAGUUUGUUACUCGCACUCGGGAUCAGAGGUCACAGUCGUUAGGAAACGGGGGGAAAAGCGAAGGCUCCCAUCGUUCACCCGGAGUUGAGCGGAGUGAAAUGGGGAUGGAAGAAGAUGAAGUCGCAGAGAGAGCGGGGGAUGGAGGGAGGGCGAGGCAAAAGCCAAGUGCCAGGAAGGGGAGGGUGGGGCAAGGUGUGUCUGAGCAAAGGGAGAGGAAGAGGGAGGGGUUGAGCAAAGAGGCUGCGGAGGAGUGGGAAACACACACUCAAACCCACCUCUCUUCAGGGAGGCUCCCUCAGCGCAGACAGGUACAAGCAGGAGCUGAGGACAGGAGAGAGCUGUGCCCUCCUGGGACCUCUGCGGAGCCAGAAAGGGACGUGGUGCCAGAGUUGGCCCCCUUCUCUUUCCUCAUGUCUCUAGACAGAGACGGCGAGACCGAGUCGGGGGCCAGUCUGUCUAGCACCAGCAUGUCCGGGGCCAGUGUAUCAGGGGUCUCUUACCAAGAUAUAACCGGAAUGGACCAGCUGCUCAACAAAGGGGCCACACAAGUCUCUCGGGGCCCCCUGCCCCCAGGCCCCUGGCUCCGCCCCAGCCAGCAAAAGCUCUCUCAGGUCCUAGAGGGCAGGAGGCUGAAGGGGAGAGGAGGUGGACUGUGACAUCCAUUGGCAGCAGACGCAAGUACGGACGGCACGCAAAGGGGGCACGGGAUGGACACACACAGACACACACACACACACCCUCUCCUCGCUGACUUUCAGGCACCAGAAGGUUUCUGUUGUCACUGUGAUUCUGUCGUAGAGCCGCUACCGGCUGCAAAAAUGCACAACUGUUAAAACUGACUGCUGUUGCCAUCUAGAGGAAAUUAAAGCAUAAUUCAAAGCAGUUCCGCUUUUCUUUGGCCGGAGCGCAAACCAGAGACAGGGGAGUGCUUCGUGUCUUAGUUCGACACGAAUCGAAUGAUUUUCUCAAGCUUAUUUGUUUUCAAAGUAAAAUAAAUGCUGAUUUCUCCAUAUAUUCCAUUUGCUCUGGCCACACUGCAAUUUUCUUCUUAGAGGGCCUUUUUAAAGUACGCGUGGAUGUUUUGCUAUUGCCAGAAUUACUAAUGCCAGUUGUCUUAGAGGCCACUUCUGUCAGUUACAUUUGACCGUGUCAUGUACAAGUGGAGUACUUUAUUUGUCAGUUAAUGGUCAUUUGUUAAAGGUAGAGGAUAGCGUUUAAAUUAUCUUUCCACAAGGUAAAGGGCAGUAGUUUAAUCGUUUGGGGAAACCGAAGUAUUUUGCCUCUGGCUUUGCUGUGUGCCUUUUCUACCUGCAGCUGAUGUUAACCAAAAAUUAUUUCCACCACAUACUUCUGCCAAAUUUCCUUGAUCGCGAUUCUCUGUUAUUAGGUGACGGUUUUAAUUCUCCUCAUUUAAUCAACAAAAGUAAUACAAGUGCCUCAUUAUAAAUAUUUUCACAGAGACCACAUAACACGUGAAAUGCGAACUAAGACUGGUGAUAAACCGAGCUGGCGAGAUCACGCUACCUGCUAGGAAGUGACGGUAGAGGACGCCAAUCUCUUGUCACUGCAUGUCUUCCGCCUCCCCUCUUCUCGCCCCGCUCUCUCUUCACUUGGACUUCCUGUCAUCCAGGUGGAGCUUUCGGGGUUCACGGGGGCAACGGAGCGUUUUUUGCGACAUUUCGGUCUUCUAUGCAUUCGUGAGGCGUCACCGGUUUGCUCCCGGUGACGUUUUGCCAAGGUAUGACAUAGGUUUUUAAUGUACUCUUUUACACUGGCAGACAAAGUCAUGGAGCAUCAGGGAAGUAAAUGAAAUGAAGGAAAAUUUCUCGUACUGUACAUGGAUAUGCAUCACAUGUUUACCUCACUCCUUUGAGCAAUAACAAGCCAUUAACCACUGCUAGGAGGCAUGUACAGCGUAUCUUCAUGUAAGCCCUCUGUGUAAAUGAUGGCAUGGACGCUAAGUUCAACGAUAGGCUAUUGCUUCUGUAGCGCGUUCGUUUUAAUUUCCUUCUGCUCCGUAAUUUUGACAGCCGGUGCGUAUGUGUUUCUACGAAUAUUUGUAAGACUAAUAAAAAGGGCAAUAGACUGGUGUGAUUUUUAUAUACAGCUGGCUCAAAAGAUAUUCAGGGAUUUAUCCAAACAUGGGUGAACACCGUAUUUGGAGAUUCCCAUUUGUAGAAAAACAUGACAUGACAUCAUUCAGUUGCUUAGCAGGCGCUUUUAUCCAAAGCAACUUAGGAAGAACUUCUACACUUUCUAUCCAUUUAUACAGCUGGAUAUUUUUUACCGAAGCAAUUCAGGUUAUGUACCUUUCUCAGGGGUGCGACAGCAGGGCCCCUCCCGUGACUUGAACCUGCAUGCUUUUGGUUACUGGUCCAGUUCCGUAACGAUUAGGCCGCCUGCUGCUUUCCGGGCUGCGUGCCCAUGGAGAACGGACAUUUCCGUUACGUCCGCACUGUCACAGUGACCUGGCCAGUAGACGCCCUCGUAUAAACUUCUUGUCACGUUUCUCUGAAACCACAGAAUCGAUCUUUCAAGUGUUUGCUGGGGCCCUUUCCUUUUGACAUCAAUUAGCUGAUUGUUUUCUUUGAGGAAAUGGUUUACUGAAGGAAAGAAGUUACCAUGUAAUGGAUUCAUUUUGCUACCAUUCAACCUAAUUCUCAUUUUCAGCCCUUAAUGCCAGACACAUUUCUCUUCAUCGUUUGCAGAAGUGCAGAAAGAUGUAGGCCAACACGCCGACUCCUUCUGUUACGAACUGUCAAUUUCCGAUUUUUCGAUUUUAAUGAUUAUUUACGUAUCUUAACUGUAUUUUAUUUCUAAUUCAUUUUCGGAAAUUUCCGUCUGUUGCAAAAUGAAAGCAGCCUGAGUUUCACCACCUAACUGAUAGACGUAAUAAAACCCAUUGACGGAAUAUGUGGGGGGGACCAGUAUUUUCAUUUAUUAUAGUGAUAUUUGAGAAUUUUACAUAACCUUACUGAUAAAUAAAUCAACAGAUGACUAUUAUUAAGCUACAGUAUUGUUGAUUAUGUAGAUAAUAAGACGAAAGUGGCUAGAAGCUAGCAAACAUUGGACAUGUUUACGGGAUGAACUUGUCAGCAGUUGGGAUGGAGCAGGAAGUUGUGGAGAUGAAAUAUAUAUAUAUUUUGCUUUCAAUCAUUUUAAAUCCUAACUCUUAAUAUAGUUUGGAGUGAAAAAAGGAGUAUUUUUUACAUUUAUAUUGCUGUAUCUGAGGUUUCUACAGAAGAGAACCAGUGAAUAAAUCAGGCACGAACCGAUUUUUGGUCCCAGUUAUGUUUUUAAGGUGAAGAGCCUCUGUAUCUGGCAUUAUGCAUAAAUCAGUUGUGUCCGAAGAGCACGCCAGCAGCGUACAUGCAGAAAUACAGAAAGUCAUAUAGGGCGUGGUUGUCAGUUAAGAGAAAUUUAGUUUCAGUAGCAACUCGGAUGUCCGACCGAAACACUCAGGAGCCCGUUUCCCAAAACCACAGUCGAAUUACAAUGAUAUCGAUAUCAGUAUGCGUUGUUCACGAUGUUUUAUGACGUUCGAAAAAUGCCAUUCCAGUUAUUCUGAGAAACGGCACUCUGUACAGUACAUUCUACACAGACACAGUCCAAAUGGGGGAAAACGCUUGCUGGUAUUCAUGGCAGUACAACCAGAACUAAUGAUGCACUCCCUUCAUUGAACACGAGGCACCGAAUUCAUGUCCCCGUUUAGGUGCACGCGUAUCGGCGUGUGUCCAUGCCCGGCCUUUGAUAUCGUACACAAUUACAGAAAAAAAAGACACAUGUAACGUCGCCUUGCUUUUGUUCCGUCUCUGCGGCUAUAUACCUCAUUACGUCUCGUUUCCCAGCUCCGGAGAGGGAGCUGAAUGGGAGGCUGCUGGGUUCACUGAAGGUGAAGGACCCCUUUGUAGUUGUGGAAGUCCAGUCCAGCACAGCUGUCUUGUCCACAUGAAACCACUGGCACAAUGCAGAGCGUAGCCCCCAGAUCCCAGUUCUACACUGGUUACUGCUUAGACCAGUUCCCCUCCCUCACUCGCUGUACCUUUGUUUCCACUGGCGACAACUAAAUGUGAGGUUAUUGCAGCUAACCUUCUCGGCACUGCUGCGUGGUUACUAAUAAUAGGAACAGUCAUUACUGCUUAACGCAGUUGCAUCAGGAGAACAAUACAGUUAUAUCUAGCAGUAUUAAGCGAGGAGUCAAGCUGAAAAGUAGCCCGGUGUGAUAAUUUCCGAAAAACAGCUUAAAGUCACUGCAGUUGAGGGCUUGACGAGACAAGCGAGCCCAUGAAACACAAGUGAAGUCUUUCACCGAGGUAUGUCUCAUGUUGUGCCCACAUUUUUAGGACGUGAUGCACUCCCAGCUGGACUUGGGGACUCAAGCACCAGUUUUGCACACACAUUAAUUUUGGUUGCGGGCUUGUAAGGAGAGGGAGAGGGACUGUGUUGUUUCCCAUGGAAGAAUCAGGGUUUCUCUCCUCUGGAAACGUGGUCGUUCGGGUGGCCCUCCUUUUUGAUUCUGAACAGACGGUCCCAUUGACGGUGUUGCCUUUGGGUUCAUGUAUGUAUGUAUGUAUGUAUGUAUGUACGUAUGUAUAAAUAUCACUAUAAAUACAAGUGUACAAAUUGUUUCUAUGAUUAUUCUUGUUAUAAAAUUAUUGUUAUGUUUCUGAAUGCAUCAACAGGGAAUUUUGAAAGCUGACAAUGAUAUGAAA